AAUACUGAUAAUGGGGGGGUACAAAUUCCAAAACAAAAACUAUUUUUGGAACUCUAUUACAUACUAUUGAAGUGGUAAAUUUAGUGAAUACUUUGCUUCUACAGUGUUAAUUUCCGACACAAGAUGGAUUCACUGGAGGGAUAUCUAUUAUUAAAGUAAGAUCUUAUAUGGAGGCGGGGGAUGGUAGCCUAUCGCGGACCGGAAGUGCUCUAGCAGGUACGCGAUACGAGAUUCUGGUUAGCUGUACGGGCCUCACAAAUCCGGAUACCUGCACAAAAAGCGACCCAAUAUGUGUGCUCUUCUACAAACACUUCGGACAGUGGCGCGAGGUGGGGCGGACGGAAGCCAUCAAGAAUACGCUAAACCCAAAGUUUGUUGGAUCCUUUGUUUUGGACUUCGACCCGAGCGUGCUGCAGAAUUUCAUGUUUUCUGUUUACGACAUUGAUCACAGGUCCCCGGAACUCCAUCAUCACGACUUUGUUGGCUCAGUGGAGCUGUCGUCCCUUGAUCUUGUCGAUCCGGAAGUGGGUAUCUGCACUCGCUGUAAAACACUCCGUGUACCAGGUAGCGCGCGAGGUCGCGGGCUUAUCAUAAUUACGUCUGAGCGCAUGCGCGAAUGUCGUGAUAAGGUGUCGCUCCAUGUCGGUGCACACAAACUGAACAAGAUAGGCAAGCUAUUAGGCAAAAAGCCUGACGUGUACCUUGAGAUAUCCCGCAGUAUCGACAAUGUGACGUUCCAUCCCAUCUACCGCACGGAGACGGACAAGAAGACACAACAUCCCAGAUGGCGUCCUUUCGAGAUUGGUUUACAACGUUUGUGUAAUGGAGAUUGGGAUCGUCAGCUCGAGCUUGCAGUCUGGCACCACAGUGGAACUGGUGAUUAUAAAAUGCUGGGCCGACGGGUAGCAACGCUAAGAGACCUUAACUCUAUACAACAGGAGGGCCAUUACAAAGAGCUACCUCUUGCGCCGAAGAAAGAAGGAAAACUAACAGACAGUAUUAAAAUCACAAAUAAAGGGUACCUGCGCUUCUUUCAAGUUAGGGUAGUUUGUGACUACUCGUUAUUGGAUUAUGUCACAGGAGGGAUGAAACUAACCCUUAACGUCGCCAUAGACUUUACGGCAUCGAACGGAACACCUGAACAGACGAGGAGUCUUCACGACGUCUCUGAAAAUAAGAAAACACCUUACAUGGAAGUUAUGGAGGCGUUAGGAGGAGUUAUUUGCCGUUACUGCACAGAAGAGAAAAUUGGUAUGCUUGGAUUUGGCGCCAAGAUGAAAAAGUCGUCUGUUAUUAAUCACUGUUUUCCACUUUCGAACGAGUGGAACAGGUUUCACGAAUAUGGAAUUGAGAAAGCCAUCAGCCGAUACAAGAAAGCUGUGAAGCAUAUACAAAUGUCGGGUCCAACUCGACUGAAGCCAGUGAUCUCCUUUGCUGAGUCUCUGGCGGUGCGUGAGCCCGCACAGGACAACCAGGUCUACCAUGUCCUCCUUGUCAUUACGGAUGGCAUUUUGAACGACAUAGAUGACGUCCUUAAACGCCUGAACUCCAUCAGUCACUUGCCCUUAACGAUUGUGUUUGCCGGGGUCGGUCCAGCAGACUUUACGCUCAUGGAAGGCUUCAGUCAAGAUAGCAUAGGUUUUGUUGGCUUAAAAGACAGAAUGAUGUCACUCAACCGCAAGCAUGCACAUUUCAUCUCUUUCUCACGGGAGAACGGACAAACCAUUGAUCUCGACCGACUGGCCCGUGAAACACUAGCAGUUAUUUCAUCGCAGAUUACAGAAUACAUGCGGCGGAAGGAUAUAAUACCAAACAAGCCAAGUUCAACCAGUUUACCAAGAUCUAAUUCUACUGCUUCGUUGAUAAAUACAUGCCAGAGCGAGGGUAGAGGACUUAGUAGAAAGUCGGCCUCUAGAACCAGCCUAAUAAGUCGGAACUCUAUGAGUUACGCCACGGAUCCCAAAUGCCCUACCUGUGGCUCGGUGCUUGACAAUAGUUGUUCGUAAGUUUCUAUACAAUCACCUGCAGUUGUUAUAUUAUAAAUGUGACUAUGCUGACACAGGUAUGGAAUAAUAUGCCUUUUAAAGUGGUAAUAAUACGUUUAAAUGUCUAAUGUAUAUGUAUCUUUACUCCUGGUAAUGAUAUAAAUUAAACAUUAUUUCCGUAUGUUGUGCUAAACAUUUAUUUUUUUGAUUUUCUAUUCAUGCAUAUCCAUGUUUAAUCAAAAAUGCCACAUAGCGCUAGUCUUACAUAUACUGCAUGUUAUGAUUGUAUUUUUUCGCUGGAUGGCAUAUGUUAUAAAUACUAAUAUUGUAUUGUAUUGUAACAUUAAAGUACAAUAAAAAACUAUAAAAACAGUUCAGCAACUAGUCACUAUGUAAUAAAAUAUACAAAUGAUAGCGUACAUUGAUUUUUGAUAGUUAUUUUGGAUAUUAUGUUAUUAUUAUAAGUUUUCACGAGAGCUUUUAUUAUAAAUAAUGUUUUUAAGGA